GAACGAACGAGCACGUCGGGGGAUCUGCACUCCCUUUUCUCGCCUGUUUCUAGCCCUCGCUCUCAACUCAGUACCUUUCAAUCUCCGUGUGUGUGCGACAACAAUUCACGAAAACUUUGUCAAGACUAUAUUAUUGCAAUAAAACUUCAUACAAAAACAAGCAAGUUUCGAAAUCCGGCGAGAAAAACUUGUGCAAAAGUUGCAAACUCACGUAAGGCACCUUCAUCCUCAUCGUCUGUGCAGUCAAUGGCGCCCUCCGGCGGUUCAGCGGCGAGUCAAAGUGGUUCCGCCUCAACUGGAGGACCACCUAGCACUGGACCUGUGGGAGGAUCAACCGGUGGCUCUUCCGGUGACUUAUCGCUGAAUCUACGCGGUGGCUCCAAAACAACAAGCGCACCUAGCUCACCGGCAAAAUCACGCGAAUCACUCCUUCAGCGUGUGCAGUCAUUGACAGGUCAAGCACGUGAUCAAGGAGCAUCAAUUCUCGGCUCGGCGGUGUCAAGCGCCAGUCGUAUUACUUCAUCGGUUACUUCCGGUCGCCAUCUCACGCUACUCGUCAUCGACGAUCAAAACACCGAUUGGUCAAAGUACUAUCGCGGAAAGAAGAUCGGAGAUUAUGAUGUACGCGUUGAACAGGCAGAGUUUAAAGAGAUUAACGUCACUGCGAAUGCAGAUGGCGCUACUGUUUCCAUGGCGGUUUACAGAGGCGGUACCAGGGUGGGGCGAUCAUUUAGACCUGACUUUUUAUUGGUAAGUUAA